GUCUGUGCUGUAAUUGGCUGAUAGCUGUCGGUUAUCGUGAUUUGAUUGGAUAGUAUAUGAGAUCUGUUUAACAGACACGAAUACGAACCAAUCGCAGUCAUAGAAAGCGAACCGUUCCGGAUUACGGGUAGGCUGAAAGCAUAACGAACGCCCGAGUGUGGUGCAGAGACGGAAUGGAAGCUGUGAGUGUAAAUGUUUGAUUUGCCCUGUUUUCUGGACUCUGGGGAAGUAAAUGAUGGCGGUUCCGAUGGAAACUCAGCUCCAGAGCAUUUUCGAGGACGUGGUGAAGACGGAAGUCAUCGAGGAAGCGUUUGCGGGGAUGUUCAUGGACACGCCUGAGGACGAGCGCACUAAACUCAUCAGCUGUUUAGGAGCCUUCCGGGAGUACUGGGGUUCCCUCCCUCAGGAGUCUCAUGAGCAGUGUGUGCUGUGGAUUGUGCGUUUCGUACACAACCAGCACAGCCCCAAACGCAUCUCCUUCCUCUACGACUGCCUCGCCAUGGCUGUGGAGACCAGCCUGCUGCCACCCAGGAUGGUGUGUCAGGCGCUGAUCGGCUCUGAAUGUCUGGAAUGGGAACGCACUCAGCUCUGGUCUCUGACCUUCAAACUGAUCCGAAAGAUAAUUGGCGGUGUGGAUUAUAAGGGUGUGAGGGACCUGCUGAAGGCUGUGCUGGAUAAAACACAGACCAUCCCGAACCUGGUGAGCUCGGCGGUGGUGCAGCAGCUCCUCCCAGCGCGAGAGGUGGUGGAGUAUAUCUUGGACAGGAACGCGUGUCUCCUGCCUGCUUAUUUCGCCGUGACGGAGAUCCGGAAGCUUUACCCAGAGGGUCAGCUCUCACACUGGCUGUUAGGCAGCCUGAUCUCCGACUUCGUGGACAGCUUCCGGCCCACCGCCAGGAUCAACUCUAUUUGUGGUCGUUGUAGUCUCCUGCCCGUGGUGAAUAACUCAGGAGCCAUCUGUAACUCGUGGAAGCUCGACCCUGCGACUCUGCGCUUCCCUCUCAGAGGCAUGCUGCCCUACGAUAAGGACCUGUUUGAGCCGCAGACGGGUCUGCUGAGGUACGUGUUGGAGCAGCCGUACUCCAGAGACAUGGUGUGCAACAUGCUGGGACUCAACAAACAGACCCUGAACAUUGCUCAGCACAAGCAGCGGUGCCCUGUGCUGGAGGAGCAGCUUGUCGACCUGGUGGUAUAUGCCAUGGAGCGCUCGGAGACCGAGGAGCAGUUCGACGACGGCGGCACCAGCCAGCUGCUGUGGCAACAUCUGUCCAGUCAACUCAUCUUCUUUGUCCUGUUCCAGUUCGCCAGCUUCCCUCACAUGGUGCUUUCACUGCAUCAGAAGCUGGCCGGGCGUGGUCUGAUCAAAGGCAGAGACCACCUGAUGUGGGUGCUGCUGCAGUUCAUAUCGGGAAGCAUCCAGAAGAACGCACUGGCCGACUUCCUCCCCGUCAUGAAGCUGUUCGAUCUCCUUUACCCUGAGAAAGAGUGUAUCCCAGUACCAGACAUCAACAAGCCGCAGUCCACACACGCCUUCGCCAUGACCUGCAUCUGGAUCCACCUGAACCGCAAAGCUCAGAACGACAACUCCAAACUGCAGAUCCCCAUCCCCCACUCGCUCAAACUCCACCACGAGUUUCUGCAGCAGAGUUUGCGUAUUAAGAGCUUACCCAUGACGGAUUAUAAAAUAGCCCUGCUGUGUAACGCGUACUCCACUAACUCAGAGUGCUUCACGCUGCCCAUGGGGGUCCUGGUGGAGACCAUCUACGGUAACGGCACUGUGCGCAUCACGCUCCCCGGGACCAACUGCAUGGCCUCGUGCUCCACCACGCCGCUGCCCAUGAACCUGCUCGACUCGCUCACCGUCCAUGCCAAGAUGAGUCUGAUCCACAGUAUAGCCACCCGGGUCAUAAAGCUGGCCCAUGCCAAGUCCAGCAUCGCCCUCGCCCCGGCGCUGGUGGAGACGUACAGCCGCCUGCUGGUCUACAUGGAAAUCGAGUCGCUCGGCAUCAAAGGCUUCAUCAGCCAGCUCUUGCCGAAUGUGUUUAAGUCACACGCAUGGGGGAUUCUCCACACACUGCUGGAGAUGUUCAGUUACAGGAUGCACCACAUCCAGCCUCAUUACCGCGUUCAGCUCCUCUCACACCUCCACUCGCUCGCUGCCGUGCCACAGACCAACCAGAACCAGCUGCACCUCUGUGUGGAAAGUACAGCUCUGCGGUUAAUUACAGCGUUGGGAAGCUCUGAGGUGCAGCCACAGUUCACACGCUUCCUCAGUGACCCCAAGACGGUUCUGUCGGCCGAGUCGGAGGAGCUGAACCGAGCGCUCAUCCUCACCCUCGCCCGUGCCACACACAUCACUGAUUUCUUCACCGGUUCAGACUCAAUCCAGGGAACGUGGUGUAAGGAGAUUCUACAGACCAUCAUGAACUUCACACCUCACAACUGGGCCUCACACACACUCAGCUGCUUCCCUGCUCCUCUGCAGGCGUUCUUCAAGCAGAACAACGUUCCCCAAGAGAGCCGCUUCAACCUGAAGAAGAAUGUCGAGGAGGAGUACAGGAAGUGGAAGUCCAUGACCAACGAGAACGACAUCAUCACCCACUUCUCCAUGCAGGGUUCUCCGCCGCUUUUCCUCUGCCUGCUCUGGAAGAUGCUUCUAGAAACCGACCACAUCAACCAGAUCGGCUUCAGGGUCCUGGAGAGAAUUGGGGCUCGAGCUCUCGUCGCUCACGUCCGGACGUUUGCCGAUUUCUUGGUGUACGAGUUUUCCACGUCGGCAGGCGGUCAGCAGCUGAACAAGUGCAUUGAGAUCCUGAACGACAUGGUGUGGAAGUACAACAUAGUCACUCUGGAUCGUUUGAUCCUCUGCCUGGCGAUGAGAAGUCACGAGGGCAAUGAGGCUCAAGUGUGUUACUUCAUCAUCCAGCUGCUUCUCCUCAAACCCAAUGACUUCCGCAACCGCGUCAGCGACUUUGUCAAAGAGAAUGCUCCGGAACACUGGCUACAGAGCGACUGGCACACCAAACACAUGUCCUACCACAAGAAAUACCCAGAGAAACUGUACUUUGAAGGUCUGGCGGAGCAGGUAAACCCUCCCAUGCAGCUCCAGCCGCAGUACCUGCCUAUCUACUUUGGCAACGUUUGUUUGCGCUUCUUGCCUGUCUUUGACAUCGUCAUCCACCGCUUCCUGGAGCUCCUGCCAGUCUCCAAGUCCUUGGAAACCCUUUUGGACCACUUGGGCGGAUUAUACAAGUUUCAUGAUCGUCCAGUGACGUACCUCUACAACACCCUGCACUACUACGAAAGGCACCUCCGAGAGCGCACCAACCUCAAACGCAAGCUUGUUCACGCCAUCAUGAGCUCGCUAAAAGAUAACCGCACUCCCGGGUGGUGCCUCAGCGAGACCUACCUGAAGUUUGGCAUGAACCCCCGCGAGGAGAACGUCUGGGUCCCUGAUGACACCUACUACUGCAGACUCAUCGGGAGACUCGUGGACACGAUGGCAGGAAAAUCUCCAGGUCCUUUCCCGAACUGCGACUGGCGGUUUAACGAGUUCCCGAACCCAGCAGCACACGCACUUCACGUGACCUGUGUGGAGCUGAUGGCCCUCGCCGUGCCGGGGAUAGAUGUGGGGAACGCACUGCUGAAUGUAGUUCUUAAGAGUCAGCCACUUGUUCCCCGGGAGAACGUGACUGCUUGGAUGAACGCCAUUGGCCUGAUCAUCACCGCUCUACCUGAGCCGUACUGGAUCGUACUUCACGACCGCAUUGUCAGCGUGAUUAGCAGCCCUGCGCUGACAUCGGAGACCGAGUGGGUCGGUUAUCCCUUCCAGCUGCUGGACUUCACGGCGUGCCACCAGUCGUACUCGGAGAUGUACUGCAGCUACGUGUUAGCGUUAGCACAUGCCGUGUGGCACCACUCCAGCAUCGGGCAACUUUCCCUUAUUCCCAAGUUCCUGUCCGAGGUCUUGAAGCCGCUGGUGAAGACCGAGUUUCAGCUGCUCUACAUCUAUCACCUGGUCGGACCUUUCCUGCAGCGCUUUCAGCAGGAGAGGACACGCUGCAUGCUCGAGAUCGGGGUGGCGUUUUAUGAGAUGCUGCAGGCGGUGGAUCACCAGAGCAAGCACCUGGCGUACAUGGACCCUAUCUGUGACUUCCUGUACCACAUCAAGUACAUGUUCACCGGAGACAGUGUCAAAGACCAGGUCGAGAAGAUCAUCUGCACGUUGAGGCCGGCCAUGAAGCUCCGCCUCCGCUUCAUCACACACACUAGCAAGAUGGAUCCAGCCACGGCCGUCGUCACAACCGCUUCCCAGCCCAGCACGGUGUCCUCUCCUGUCCCCCAAACUGGACCCGGGCCUUCUAAUAUUCCUCUCUCGGUUCCCCAGUGAUCCUCCACCAUCCUGCAAAAUGAUCACAUGGUUCUGUCCGGACUCCACCACUCAAACAGGGGGACAAAUUCACAAACCAACCGAACGCUUUGUUUAAAGCUCGGCAAGAAAUCGUAGAAGAAAGAGGCGUUCAGGGUGUUCGUAAACAGGGUCAGGUUCUGAUGGAGGUAAAGUGAGGAGGCUUGGGGUGGUGUUCCAGUUCAUCCCAACAGGGUUGGAGCUCUUCCAACCCAUGGAAAGAAGAACCAUUUUCAUGAAGCUGGAGCAGGUUUGGGUCAGUGAAGGGAAAAUGUUAUGCCUCCACAUGCAAUGACAUCAUAAAUUUUGAGGCUAACAGCUUGUGGAAGAACAUUAGGCUGGAAAAGUCAGGUGUCCCAGCACUUUUUCCAAAUUCUCUGGGGUGUAAAUAUGAAGAUAACAGGAAGGAAGUUGUGUAUUUUUACUGACGAUAGCGAUUUGUUUUUUUUUUUGUGUACGUUUUAUUCGUUUUUAUUUUUCAUAAAAACCUUUUGAAAUUUAUAAAAAAAAUGUCUUUUUCUUUUAUUUAAAGCUGUAAAGUUUUGUCCACUUUCCCAUUUGAUCGUUUAUUUGCAGUGCAUCAGGAUCGUUAUCGGUCUGGAUCGAUCCUAUCAACUCAAUUCCCAAUUUGCCGGGUUUUAUUCCAAUGUGACUCUGAACCCGUUGUCUAUCGUGUCCUGCAGAUGGUUGGGUUUGGGGUAUUUGAAUGAAUGACAGGGUUUCAUCAUUUUAUGGGUUUUUUUUUUUUUGCACCAUUUAUUGGUGAGUCUAAGAGUAAUAGUCCAAAUUUCCCAGUCCAUUCCCUAUAAGUUUAUCCCUAAUGAGUGUCUGUGGUGAAGCAAAAUCUCCAAGAGAUGGUAUGAGGAAAAACCUUGAGAGGAACCAAACUCAAAAGGAGAACCUCCUCCUUGUCGGUUGUUGCAGAUUGUUAAAGAAUACAGUCUUAAAGUUCUUAA